AUGGAGGAUCCGGCCGAGUUUAAAUCAAGAGCCCCUCCUGUCCGAGACUCCUCGCCGUCUCCUUCUGUCUCCCCUACCCCCGCCAUUUCAUCGUGCCCGUCCCCAGAUCGUACGUUCUCUACAGUUUCCUCGCUAUCGACAUCUUCCACCGCAUCGGGCGAUGCCAGAUCCUCGAUUUCAGUCUCCACGCGGAGACGGGGGUAUAUCCGCCCACAGGGAGCAGAAUUCGCCGCGUCUGCAAGAAAUAGGGAAAGUGUGAUGAGUCUGGGCAGCAUUGCACAUCUGCAGUACUACUUUGCUCGGACGGGGUUACUAGAGGGCCGAGGCGGGAAUAGUCGAGAAUACAAGAAGAAGAACAAGAGCGCGGACGAUGUCCCUCAGCUGCUUCUCACUCCGAAUGCCCGAUUCACCGACGACUUGACUCUCAGCCCGACGGAGGAAGAUGCUGCGCAUAUAGGAGAAGAGGGGUUCGAUGACGGUGAGGUCAUGCUCCCGCCAACUGUGAGCACCUACAGCAUUAAGACCCACUAUAUUCCGCCACCACCAGAUUUGCUGCAAUUGCGAAGGGAUCUCUUAAAUGCGAUAUGGAAGGCACAGAAAGAAAUCGACUCGAUAACUCAGGAUGAACCUUGUCCAGAGCUGCUACCCCCGCGAAUCCAUCUCCCGCCGGACGCUAAUACCGACUCGGAAGAUGAUUCACAACGUCAGGCGGAUAUGGUUGCAGCACGCAAGGGUUGGGACGAAAUCCAGGGAAUGCGUAUUCUGGACGUCGUUACCCUCGCGAUUCGUGCAGCAAAAAUCUAUUAUACGACCCACGAGUACCCGGAGCGGCUGGCGUCCAUCAAAAGCGAACGCGAAAUUAGACAGGAGCUAUUCAGUGUAUUGGAGGUCUUGAAACGAUGGGCAGGGCGCAACUUUGAGGGUGGGCUUCAAGAGGAAGAGCGGACAGCAGUACAAGGCUGGAUGUCCGAUGUGCGCGAUAUGCUUUCCAAGGAGGCGCAGCUUGAAGAUGCGGAAGUCAAGGAGCGAGCAGGUUGGGUCUGGAUUGAGGGUGAUUGGACAGGCCGGGAACGGCAACGGGAAGAGGCGUUUCUGGCCAGUUUGAGAGGAUCGGAUUCACCGUUGCCAGCUUGGACAGCUCCAGAGAACGGCUCAUUACCGUCCGCAUUUCUUGAGCAGCUCCGUGACGGGCGUGACCUGGUACGGUUACAUAACCUGGGCGUUAAGAAGUCCAAGCGACCGUUUGGCGAAAUCAAGUCUUUCCAUGAAGACGUUGCCAAGCCAUAUCGGCGUGCAGACAACCUUCGUUACUGGAUCAAGGCAGCCGAACUCCGGUGGGAGACAAAGCUGGAGAUGGACGUGAUGGGAGUGGUCUACGGCAGUAGCGACGACGCGUGGCACCAGUUCGACAAGGCGAUCAUGGGCUGGUGUAAAGCUGUCCGGGAAGAACUCUCCCAAGAUCUGCGGGUCUUGAGAAGACGGGCGACUGCUGCCAGUAUUGACGGUCUGCUCGUCCGCACUUCAUGA